AAGUUUGCGAUUGACGCGAAUCAGAUAUCCUCUUUCUCGCUGAUCGGAGUUUCCGUUUCCGUCGCCGGCCGGAGAAUCUGAUUAAAGGAAGAUGUCUACUAGUCAGGAAGAAGACAUGAAGCCCGGAGUUGAAGGAGAUCAAAUCAGUCUCCAUGUCAAAAGCCAGGAUGGACAGAAAGUCUUCUUUUGCAUCCACAGACGCACUCGGCUGAAAAAGCUGAUGAAAUCUUACUGCGACUACCACUAUUUGGAUUUCACCUCAACGGUUUUCGUGUUCCAUGGGGAUCGUUUUCACGGCGAGCAGACUCCACAUGAACUUCGUAUGGAAGAUGGAGAUGAGAUCAAUGCCAUGUUCCAUCAGACUGACUAUCAAAGAGCUUGGAUCAAUCUCAAGGUCACGGAUCAGGAUGGACGGAAAGUCGACUUUCGUAUGCACAGGCGCACUCAGCUGAAAAAGCUGAUGAAAGCUUACUGCGACCGCAAGUAUUUGGAUUUCGACUCAACCGUUUUCCUGUUCCAUGGGGCUCGUUUCAGUGGCCAGCAGACUUCAGAUGAGGUUGGUAUGAAAGAUGGAGAUGAGAUCAAUGUGAUGUUCCAUCAUACCGAAAACCAAAGAGCUGAGAUCAAUCCCAAGGUUGAAGAAGAGUUAAAGGAAGCUGUUGACUUGGUUGAUGAGCUAAACGCUGAAGCGGAGACUCUAUCCCAUUUGGAGUGUUUGCAGUUGUCUCAGUAAAUAAUAGAGAUUGUUGUUUGAGUCUUUUAUGCUUGUUUAAUUGUUUUUAUCAAUAAUUGUGAAAUCUUAGU